AUGGCAUUCUUGAUGAGUCUUUUUGCCACUAAGCAAAUCAUUCGCCGGUCUUUUACUACAGACGCAUCAACUCCGAGAGGGUUCUUGGCUGUGUACGUUGGAGAAACUCUGAAGAAGAAGAGAUUUUUUGUUCCGGUUUAUUACUUGAGCAAACCAACUUUCCAAGCUUUGUUGACGAAAGCAGAAGACGAGUUUGGUUUUGAUCAUCCAACCGGUGGUUUGAGUCUACGUUGCGAUGAAGCUUUCUUCUUCGCUGUUACUGAUCAGAUUCGUUGA